GCGGAGCGCGCUUCCUCGGUCGGCAGAGGGCGCUCAGGCGCGCUUUGAGGAGCGGCGAGAGGCAAGCGACUGGCGGAGGAAUUAUGGGAGUUGAAGUCCGCGCUUUCUUAAAAGUUGCUGAGCUUGUCGCUUCUGGGCAUGUCUUCUGAUAUCUAACGGACUGUCACAGAGAAGAGGGGGUCAACUUAUUCGCCACAGCACCUGAGGUUAGGAUAAGAAGUGACAGGUAGAAGCUUGUUAAAGAGAACUCCAAUCUAGAACUAAGGAGAAAUUUCCUGACAGCAAGGACAAUAAAUCCGUGCAACAUCCUUCUUUCAGAAGUUGUGGGUGUUCUAUCCCUGGAGGUCUUUUAGAAGAGAUUGGGCAACCAUUUGUCCGGAAUGCUAUAAGGACUCCUCUCUUGGGCAGGGGGUUUGACUACAAGACCUUCAUGGUCCCUUCCAAGAACCUUAUUGUUCUAUGGUCUAAGCAGGAGAAGAGGGUUUGCUGGCUGUCCGGGGCCCGGAGGGAGCUGAGCUGAAGCCCCGAGAGCUUCUCUAAGAGGCUGUCUCGCAAACCGCAGGGUGCGUUGGGGGCCCCAGCUUUGUGAAUGGCGCACUGCCCUUGGCUCCGGGGAUGGUAGGACAGCGGCGGCGGCAGCAACAGCUGGGACCUCCCCAGUGGCCUUUUCUGGGAAGCCUGAUUAAUGCCUAACUGGGAGCCCUCCCUCCCUCCCUCCUGUGCCCAAGGGCACCCCGAGCGCUGCUGGUCAUUGCCGUCCCACCAUGGCUCCCAUUGCUGUCCUUCUGGCUGGGCUUUUGCUGGCUUCACCCUCCUGGGCACGGAGGGCCAAACCCUCCAAGAACCCCAUCGACAAGAUCAGUGCCCAGGAACAGUUUGAUCCCGCCCAGUUUGCAGGAAAGUGGUUCCUGGUGGGGGUGGCCUCUGAUUGCCUUUACCUGCGUGAAAAUGGCUACCGGGUGGAAGCCACCAACGUGGUUGUGUCGGUGACUGACAGGGGCUCGCUGCUCUUUAGCACCUUCCGGCCUCUGGAGGGGAUUUGCUGGAACAUAAAGCAGAGCUAUUUUGCCGGCAAGACCCCCGGGCGGUUCCUCUUGAAAGGCCGAGCUGUCCCAGUAGACGUGGUGGUGGGAGAGACGGACUAUAGCAGCUACGCCAUCCUGUACUUCCAGAAGAACCGCAAGAUCUCAGCCAAACUUUACGGACGGACGGCAAAGGUGGCAAGUAGCGUCCUGAAGAAGUUCGAAGCUGCCAUGGCUGCCCUGGACAUCAGCGAAGACUUCAUCUUCUAUUACCCCGUCUACGGGUUUUGUAGCUCGGCAGACCAAUUCCACAUCCUUGACGGUGAGUUGCUGGCUUUAAAGCCUCCUCCGCCAAACUCGCCAGACCUGGGGCCUGAACCGGCAGCCUCGUCCACCCCUGGCGCCCGCAAGAGGCAGGCGGGCUUUGCAUCCUCCACCGGCUGAUGGGCAACGAGUACAAAGCCAUGCUGGGGCUCUGAUGGGGUUGUUGGUGUCUGCAGGAGGCUAAGCAGUGGCCUUUCGGGGGCAGAUCCUCUGAUCCCCUCCUGUAUUUUCUCUUUCUGCUUCCCAGAAACGAAAUACACAGGAUAGCAGGAAUCACAAGCGGUCCAACUCUCCACCCGUGUCAAGGCAGCCCGUGAGGACACUCACGAAUAGAAACCACCCAAGUUUUUCUUUGGAUGUGUUCCCAUGAAAAUAAAACAAGAAAACCCAUUUUGACAUUAUUGAUAUUUGCACAAAAAAAAAAGGGAUGUUAGCUAAAAUUCAGGUUUGAGUUGCUUGCUGAAAGGUAGA